AUGAACUAUCAGAAAAUUAUAAAUAAACUCUUCGAAGAGGAUAUAUAUAUUCCGCCUAUAAUCCAUACCCACAAUAUAGAGCCGUUUAUUUACGUACCCGAGUACCCAUUUGUUAUAUAUAAACCAUACCAAAUAGCCGUCGUAUCCAACGAGGUAGUCCGUCAUAUGAAAGCACAGCAUGCAGCAGAUAACAAGGCCAAAUACAUCCACAACAUCAUCAAGGCCAUCCCCGGGAUCAUCAGUAACCAAGAAGAGUUAAAGCAAUGGUCAGUACCGCCCCCAACCACAGCCCCGAUACCAUGGUUGCCGCCACCCAAGCCGGACGGAUUAGGAUGUGAUGAGUGUCCGUAUGUGGCCCGUCAGUUGCGACGCAUCAAACAGCAUUAUCGGGUUCAUCAUAGAUGGAUAAACCAUCGGACACGCAGUCGGCGCACCAAGGAGUCCGCAGCAGCCGACCCGGCGGUGCCAUGGAGAACAGGAGUGCAGUGUCAGCGGUUUUUCCGGAAUCGGGUCGCCAGCAGUUGGUUCGAGGUCGGUCGGAGCAUCCCAUCAAGCAGCAGAGGGGACAGCCAGAACGACGUCAACCGCAAAGCCGAGUUUAUUAAGCGCAUUCAGCAAGAAGAUAAAGAAGCGUUCGAAAGCGAGGCCAAUGCCCGGGUCCAAGAUAUCAGCGACAAGUGGGAGGCGCAGCGAUGGUUGAAACGAUGCGGAUGGCCCCGGCAUUUGGCCAAUAUCGACAAGAUGUGGUUGCGGAAGGAAGUGUUGCAGCCGAUUGGCGAGAACGAGCCGGUAUUGCAGACGAUGUGGGAGAUUUUCGAAUGCGUAUUGGACAAUGCGUAUGUGGCCACCAGCCGUUGCAGUCCCGGCACAGCCGAGUUGUUCGAGAUGGAGCGGAAAGAGAUUCACAUCACGCCCAACAAGCCGUUUGAAGGGAUUAUGGAGCCAGACGCAUGGAUCCGGUACAAGGGGCAUUGA